AUGUCGAUUGCUAAUAAACGUCUCCUCAAGGAGUGGAAGACGGUGCAGAACGAAGCGUACCCCGGGAUUGAAUUUUUCCCUACCGAUUCGAUGCUCGAGUGGAAUGUGGACCUUGUCAUCGACAACCCGCUCUACCCCGACGUGUAUCGCUUGGGCUUCAAAAUGGGCAAGGGCUAUCCCCUCGAGUCGCCGUCGGUGCAAUUCGUGGCUGGUGAUGAACGGCCUAUCCCUAUGCAUCCGCAUGUAUACUCCAACGGGCAUAUCUGUUUGGAUCUUCUUGGGGACAACUGGACACCGGUUCACAGUGUGGCGAGCGUGAGUGUGUCGAUCCAGAGCAUGUUGUGUCAGAAUAAAGUGGCGGAGCGGCCGCCGGAUGAUGCGCAGUAUUCGAAGAAUGCGCCACGAGACCCGAAGAAGAGUUUGUUUGAGUACCAUGAUGAUAGUGUGUGA